AUCAUAACACGUAGUUUCUGUUGACGUUUGAAUCGCUUCGCUGGCAUUGCAAGAAUGUCCGAAACGGCGCUGGACGAAGCGUCCGUUUUAUCAGCAAUAUACUGUGAGAAGGACGAAUUUGCUUUACUUGAAGAGUCAGAUGAAAAGGGGCUGGUGUUCCGAAUCCAGGUGGCGGUGGGAACGGGCUCGGAAGAGACCAGGCUGAGUCUGGUGUUUCACCUGCCUCCGGAGUACCCGCGCUGCCUGCCCGACGUGUCCGUCAGCUCGGAGCGGCUGAGCCGGCGGCAGUGCCAGCGCCUGCGGCGGAGUCUGCUGGAGAAGGCGGCCGAGCUGCUGCCGGAGCCCGUGGUCCAUGAGCUCAUCCUGUGGCUGCGGCAGAACCCCGCGGCCGUCGCGCGCGCGGAGCCCUCGGCGGGGCCCGGGCGCCCGGCAGGGGACUGCGCGCGAGCGGAGGAGGGAGCAGAGAUUUGGACAGCCCUGCUGCUUCUCGAUCACAUGAGGGCUAAAACUAAGUACGUGAAGAUCAUUGAAAAAUGGACGUCCGAAUUGGGGCUCACCGGUAGACUCUUCAUGGGGAAGUUGAUCCUUAUCCUUCUACAGGGACCCAGAAGAAGCAUAAAGGAGUAUCUUCACCUCCAGAAGACCGUGAAGGUGGAUGUUGAUUCGGCCGGGAAGAAGUGCAAAGAGAAAAUGAUGAGCGUCCUUAGUGAAGCCCCACUUUCUGAUGAGCACAAACAGCUGAUAGCUUUUGAAGUUAAAGAGUUUGCAUCCGUGGAGGAGCUGAAAGGGGAAUUUGAAAGGGCUGGACAGUCAGAGCUAUACAAGGAGUUUGUGCACACGUUGCUGUAGACUUUGUGCUUUCCUCAUCUGACUGGCCCUGAUCAAGAGUCCACCCCAGUUGGGUUGGCUUGGUUAUUCCCAACGUCUCUGACGUGCUAAUGCGCCCAACGGCAAAAUCCAUCAAGGGACAACACCAUCACAUGCCAAGUGUGUGACUGGCAUCCUUUGGCUGCCUUUCUCUGGGCUGCAGCCAUGACAGAGCUCAUUGAUGUUGUUUGGCGAUGAGAAGGCUGAUGAAUAAAAUCAGAAAUUGUUUCAUAGAGCUUCUUAAGGGUGUACAAUGGAAGCAAGGGAAGGAAGAGGUCUGUGAGAAAAACGGUGAGAUGACAUGAGAAAGCAGUCUCAGAGGUGACUCCAGUGGAGGUGAUGGUGGCGGGCUGAGCCUUCCCCCUCCACUCCUACCUCCCUCCCCCCAAGAAAGUCGGCGCGCGGACCCCCACCCAGAAGCCCAACCUUUGCUAUUUAAAAAUAUUAACCCGGCGUAAUGAAGAGCGAGCCCCCAGCCACCUCCCGGUGUCGCGGCUGUCACCGCACCCGCGCGGGCAGGCCCACCUUCCUGGCCUUUUCCCGCGCCACGUGCCUGCCCCUGGAGUGCAGCUUAAAUGUCAGUCAGCGGGGUGACAUUUAAUUGUUUAAAAUGGGGCCGUGAACCUUAGCAGAGAGUGUCGGAAGCGGCCGGACCAAGGGUCACCGGGCGCCGCUGUGCCCUCUUUAAUCUGUGGGUGCCACACGAAGGGGGCGAUGGGGCCAGAAAAAAAUCCCAAAACAAUAGAAUUGGGACAAACAUUCUGCUUAUGGACGUUUUUGUGCUGAAAACAAGCAGAAUGAGAAUCUAGAAACCCAGUCUUACUCAGGGAUACUUUUGCUUGACAUCGUGAUACUAUUCUGGACAUUUUUUACAGCACCGAUAUUGCGGGUUUAAUGGUGAUGCAAACUGUUCAUACUGCUGAAUGAGUGCAUUUCAAUACAGCAUUUCUGUAUUCUAAAAAAUUAGGGUUCAGAACUGAUAAAUGCAGAUCAGUCAUGGCUCAGAAUCAAACCACCACUUUUGACUGAAAACGCUGCAUGAAAUGUGAAUUUGGUGGUACAUGUUGCUGCUGAUAUAAAUGUAUGCAACCUAAAUAUGCCCCAGCAUUACCAAGCCUCCUUGUUUGAAAGGAAACGGGUCUCAAGAUUGUCUUGGUUAUGUAUGCUGUAUGUCAGUGUGAAAAUAAACUCUGUUUGGUGUUUCCAAACAGUUUUUUUUAGUAAUUCAGCUCUAUUUGCAUAUUCUUUACAGUAGAAGCCACUGAUCUAAGACCAACUUCCCUCACUCCCUUGGUGAUGAAUGCAGUUGACAAGCAGCUAAAGAUCAGGAUAACAGGAAAGACACAGCAAACCUGUCCACCCUAGGGUCUUGCAUUUUACGGGAGAGGCUAGUCUUCAUGUUUGAUUUAAGCUAGCG